AUGUCAAAAGAAAAAUAUCAGAUUGUCCCUUUCGCGGGGGACAAUUACAACGCAUGGGAGUUUCGAUUAAAAAGUAUCCUGCGGGAUAAUGGGGCAAUAGAGGCGAUCGAAAAGGAGGAUUUCAGUAAAUCUACGGAUAAAAAGCAAUUGCAAUUGGAAGCUAAGGUCCAGGCUAUCAUAAUAGCGGCAACCGCCGACAGUCACCUCGAAUACUUAAAGGACAGAUCUGCUUAUCAAAUGAUUAAAAGCAUGGAAGACAGCUUUAAGAAGAAAGGUACACGAUCUAAAUUAUUUAUAAGAAAAGAGUUGUCCGAUAUGAAAUUCGACGAACGGAAACCUUUAAUGGAACAUUUUAUUGACAUGGAAAAGCUAUUUGCACAACUCGGGGAUGCUGGCAGUGAGCUCUCGGAGGAAGAAAAGGUUAACUAUUUACUCCUAUCCAUGCCGAAAUCUUAUGACGGCAUUAUCACGGCUUUGGAAACUGUGGAGGAAUUGAAAAUGGACUUCGUGAAAAACAGACUGCUUGGGGAAGAGGAAAAACGGAACAGAGGAGCGACCAAAUCCCUUGACUCUUCAAUCUACUUGUGUUAUGGAUGUGGACGCCCCGGACACAAAAAAUCCCAGUGUAGGAGCACUCAGCAGGCAUGA